GGCGCCCGGGACAGUUGGGAGCCGCGCCCGCAGCCGCCGGCCGCGCGGCCGGACGAGGGGACGAUGGAGCUGGAGCCCGAGCUGCUGCUGCAGGAGGCCCGCGAGAGCGUGGAGGCGGCGCAGAGCUACCGGCGGGAGCUAGGCCAGAGGCUGCAGGGGCUGCGGGAGGCGCGGAGGCAGAUCAAAGAGAGUGCAUCCCAGACGAGAGAUGUCCUCAAACAGCAUUUUAACGAUUUGAAAGGAACCCUUGGGAAGCUCCUGGAUGAGCGAUUGGUGACCCUUUUGCAAGAGGUGGACACCAUUGAACAGGAGACCAUUAAACCACUAGAUGACUGCCAGAAGCUGAUAGAGCAUGGAGUUAACACUGCAGCGGACUUAGUCCAAGAAGGUGAGAUCGCCAUUCUGGGUGGUGUAGGAGAACAGAAUGAAAAACUGUGGAGCUUUACCAAAAAGGCCUCACACAUCCAGUUGGACAGCUUACCAGAGGUGCCUUUACUGGUUGAUGUGCCUUGCUUAUCUGCUCAGUUGGAUGACUCAAUUCUUAACAUAGUGAAAGACCAUAUUUUCAAGCAUGGAACGGUAGCGUCUCGCCCACCAGUACAGAUAGAAGAAUUGAUAGAGAAACCCGGAGGCAUCAUCGUACGAUGGUGUAAGGUGGAUGACGACUUUACCGCCCAAGAUUACAGGCUCCAGUUCCGUAAAUGUACUUCCAGUCACUUUGAGGACGUGUAUGUAGGCUCUGAAACUGAAUUCAUAGUAUUGCACAUAGACCCCAAUGUUGAUUAUCAGUUCAGAGUCUGCGCCCGAGGAGAUGGCCGACAGGAGUGGAGUCCUUGGAGUGUCCCCCAGAUAGGUCAUUCCACGCUGGUGCCUCAUGAGUGGACAGCUGGCUUUGAGGGGUACAGUCUGAGCAGUCGAAGAAACAUAGCGCUUCGGAAUGAUGCUGAAUCGUCCGGUGUUCUCUACUCCAGCGCUCCCACUUACUUCUGUGGGCAGACAUUAACAUUCAGAGUUGAAACUGUGGGACAGCCAGACAGAAGAGACAGUAUAGGAGUGUGUGCAGAAAAACAGAACGGAUAUGACUCCCUGCAGCGGGAUCAAGCAGUUUGCAUUAGUACAAAUGGUGCAGUUUUUGUAAAUGGAAAAGAAAUGACUAAUCAGUUGCCCGCAGUUACUUCUGGGUCCACUGUCACAUUUGACAUUGAAGCUGUGACUCUAGGAUCCAGCAAUAAUAACGAAGGCGGAAACAUCAAGCUUCGAGUAACUAUUAGCUCAAAUAACAGAGAAGUGGUGUUUGAUUGGUUGCUCGAUCAGUCUUGUGGUUCUCUUUACUUUGGAUGCUCGUUUUUCUAUCCUGGGUGGAAAGUGCUGGUAUUCUAGAUUUUCAGAUGAUUGGCUUUGGGUUUGCAGGGGUUUCACAUAGCUUUCCUCAGCCCAGUUCAGUUGUCAUUGGUUUAAAAAAUGGUUAGAUUCAUCUCUCAGUUAAGUCAUUGGAAACAGAAAUUAUUUACUGGAUUUAUUUUCCAAUAUCUUAGCAAUAAGAGGCGUGAAUAUUGUGGACAAAACAGUAAUGCAGUCCAUUUUAUUUUUAGCAUAGUGUUAAUUGGAAUAUCACAUCACAAUAAAAAUCAAAUUGGCUUUUAAAGUGUGAGGCGAUAUAGACAGCCCUAUGUACCUUUCCACUGUACUUCUUUUUAAAGUUGGCUGUAAGAACACAAAAAUGUAACGUAACUUUUUUUUUUAAUUAAAUCUUUAUCUUUUAAAGAUCCAAGGCCAUCCAAGACUGUAGAAUGAAUAGGCAAGAAGAGACCAGGUAGAACGUGCCACCAUGUACGCUGUAAUGUACACUCUCUUGUGUGUUCUCCACAGGAGUGUUGAAUAUGCUCUUCAUAUUCAGGGAUUUGUAAGCAGUAUUGAAUUUUAUCUCAUGUUCAGUAAUCUUUAAGUCCCAAAAGCAUGAUAAUUUUUGUAUUUUAAAAAAUCACUGGGCUUCCCUGGUGGCGCAGUGGUUGAGAGUCCGCCUGCCGAUGCAGGGGACACGGGUUCGUGCCCCGGUCCGGGAAGAUCCCACAUGCCGCGGAACGGCUGGGCCCGUGAGCCAUGGCCGCUGAGCCUGCACGUCCGGAGCCUGUGCUCCGCGACGGGAGAGGCCACAGCAGUGAGAGGCCCGCGUACCGCAAAAAAAAAAAAAAAAAAAAUUACUGAGCAAAUGUCUACAACAGGCAACGUGUUUUCUUUUGUUCUUUCCUUGCAGUUCAAUUCACGAUAGGCUAGAGGGUUUUUACAGGGUAAAACUACUUAAUGGAAGUAGUAUGCACAGCAGUGUUAGCCAUGUCCCAUGUUUGAAAUAUGCACAGGUGCAUAUCUAGCCUCAGUGACGUGCAUGUUGUUCUUCCUAGGGUCUGAGCUGCAGUCCAGUUUCAUGUCAGUUUCAUAAAUGGUCUUUUAGUGGACCAAACAAAUGUAGGGUAAAUACUUGACCUAUUUUUUGGAAAACUUAAAUUUGUUUAAAAUAUUUAUUUGAAGGACUUAGGAUGUAAAAAUGAUUAUCUUGCUAUAUAACAGCUUAAGAUCUUUUUUCUUUAAUGUGAAUUUUUUUUUUCAUUUUUAACAGAAAAGUGGAAAAGCAAGUUUGAUAUUUUUGUGAGAUAAUUUAUUUGGGGAUUCCAGUUCCCUAUUAGACAAUCAUGACCUUUUCCCCUUGCCUUUUUAUAUUAUAAGUAAGCUGUUUUUCACUUGCUUAGUGACUGUUAAGAAGAUGUGCUAGAAUGUAGAUGCCUCGUCCAACUGUCUGAAACAAAAUAAAAAACUAAAAGGUA